AGGUUUUCGAGACAACCAUCCAACUGAUUCACGAGAAUGUGGAGAAAGGCAAAAUGUUGAACAUCAGUGAAAUAUCUUAUAAUUAUUUUGAUCUAGUAUCACCGAACUAUCUGGAAAUGAUCGCUAACCUUUCAGGAUGCACUCAGCACAGACGUAUGGUGAACUGUACAGAAAACCUGUGCUACCACAAAAAAUACAGAACAAUUGAUGGUACUUGUAACAAUCUGGAUAACCCAAUGUGGGGUGCUUCGUUGAUCGCGUUCAGGAGAUUACUCAGACCUGUGUACGAGAAUGGUUUCAACACUCCAAUGGGCUGGCGUAACAAAGAUGCCUUGCCCAGUGCACGGCUGAUAUCAACUGAGCUUAUAUCUACUGUGAAUGUAACCGCAGAUGAGACAUUCACUCACAUGUUAAUGCAAUGGGGGCAAUUCUUAGACCAUGACCUUGAUUUCACUGUAACGAGCCCCAGCAGUCAGAGAUUCACAGAUGGUGAAGAUUGUACAAGCACAUGCGAGAAUCAGUCUCCCUGUUUCCCCAUUACAAUCCCCCCGGGCGAUAAACGUAUCAAACGUCACAAAUGCAUGACGUUUACUCGCUCCAGCACGGCCUGCGGGACUGGCGCGACUUCUGUAUUCUUCAGCAUCGUGUCCACACGUGAGCAGAUGAAUCAAAUUACGUCAUACUUAGAUGCCUCGAACGUGUACGGCUCGUCACAUGACGAGGAAGAGCACUUGCGUGAUCUAUCAAGUGGUCUAUUAAAAACGGGAAUAUCGAUAAAUGACAAACCGUUGCUGCCGUUUAAUAAAGGCACGCCGAUUGAAUGUCUGAAAUCUGAGAAAGAGAGUCCAAUCCCGUGCUUCCUUGCGGGUGAUCACCGCGCCAACGAGCAACUUGGUCUGCUGUCUAUGCACACUAUCUGGAUGCGCGAACACAACAGGAUUGCGACACAACUGCGCUUCCUCAAUCCGAAAUGGAGCGGCGAGAAAAUUUUCCAAGAAACGCGAAAAAUUGUCGGCGCGGAAAUGCAGCAUAUUACAUAUGCACACUACUUGCCGAAAAUUCUUGGAAAACAAGGCAUGGAAAUUCUAGGAAAAUACGAAGGAUAUAAACCUGAUACGGACGCAACUAUAUUUAACGGUUUUGCAACGGCCGCGUAUAGAUUUGGACAUAGUUUAAUCAACCCGAUACUCAGUCGUUUAAACUCGUCGUUUCGGACGAUAGAACAAGGAGAUAUUCCGUUGCACAAGGCAUUCUUUGCGCCGUAUAGAAUUGUCGAGGAGGGCGGCAUCGAUCCCAUUAUACGUGGGUUGUUCUUCUCCGCUGCAAAAGACAAGCGGGACCAAGAUGGCGUCUUAAAUACAGAACUCACUGAGAGGUUGUUCGAAAUGGCGCAUGCUGUCGCCCUCGACCUUGGCGCGCUAAAUAUUCAAAGAGGACGUGACCACGGGUUACCUGGUUACAACGAGUGGCGUGUGCUGUGUAAUCUCGAAGCUUUGAAAACAUUCGAUGAUUUAAGAAGCGUGAUAUCUAAUGAGAAUAUUAUUCGAAAGUUGGAGAGACUUUACGGUGAUGUGAAUAAGAUUGAUCUCUGGGUCGCUGGGAUCUUAGAGGAUAGUAUUCCCGGCAGCCUUUUGGGUCCGACAUUCCAAUGUCUCAUUGCAACACAAUUUAAGAACCUCCGAGACGGAGACAGGUAACCCAGGCUUUUAACUUUCGCGCAUUUCAAAUACGCCCCGAGAGUCCAGUGUGGGUAGUCUUCUACAAUAAGCUGUCGUGGUUUGUGUCUGAACUACCUGAAAAAGAUAUCUCAAACGUGGUGGUCCAGUGUAGGUAGUAUUCUACAAUAAGCUGUCGUGGUUUGUGUCUGAACUACCUGAAAAAGAUAUCUUAAACGUGGUGGUCCAGUGUAGGUAGUAUUCUACAAUAAGCUGCCGUGGUUUGUGUCUGAACUACCAGAAAAAGAUCUUUCUAACACGGGGUAUGCAUAAGUCUAUGUUUAACCAUAUUUAACAUUGUUUUCGCUAGGUUUUGGUAUGAAUACGAUGGUGUCUUCGAGCCAGCGCAACUUACGCAGAUCAAACGUGUGACACUGGGUCGAGUACUCUGUGAUAAUGGUGAUAAUAUAACACAAGUCCAGUCAGAUGUAUUCCUACGAGCCAAUCAUCUUUCAGGAUAUUCCUCAUGUGCUUCUCUACCAAACAUUGAUCUACGAAUGUGGAGGGAAUGCUGCACAGGUAUUCUGAAUAGUCGAGGUUUGCCAAAGAUUGACAAACACAAACGAAAACAUGGCUAGGAAACAAUGUUUGCCCACCUUCAGGAAACAUGGCUAUGAAACAAUGUUUCCUGGUUUGUCCACCUUCAGGAAACAUGGCUAGGAAACAAUGUUUCCUGGUUUGUCCACCUUCAGGAAACAUGGCUAGGAAACAAUGUUUCCUGGUUUGUCCACCUUCAGGAAACAUGGCUAGGAAACAAUGUUUCCUGGUUUGCCCACCUUCAGGAAACAUGGCUAAGAAACAAUGUUUCCUGGUUUGUCCACCUUCGGGAAACAUGGCUAGGAAACAAUGUUUCGUGGUUUGUCCGCCUUCAGGAAACAUGGCUAGGAAACAAUGUUUCCUGGUUUGUCCACCUUCAGGAAACAUGGCUAGGAAACAAUGUCUCCUGGUUUGUCCACCUUUGGGAAACAUGGCUAGGAAACAAUGUCUCCUGGUUUGCCCACCAGGAAACAAUGUUUACAUCUACUUUGUUUUUUUCAGAAAAUUGUCAAGACAAAGACCAGAGCUACACACUUUUAUCCAGUAUAAACGACGUGAAGAGAAGAAAGAGGUCACACAGUACUGAAGAUGAUGGCAGCGAACUAGAAAAUCUUUAUUCCAAGAUUGAUGAACUUCAAACUCAUGUUUUGUCGCAACAAGAAACUCUUAGAAAUAUUGUAAACAAGGUAAAGAAAUAAUAAUCUUUUGUAGUAGAAAUAAGGGUUAAUCUGGAAGGAAUCUACCAACGAAAGCUUGUGUAUGUUUGUCUUCAGGUUCAGGGAUUAGAGAGGAAACACGAGACAUCUGUAUGUAUUGACCUUAUGGGAAAUGAACGCAAGCUUGGCGAAUCAUGGCGAGUUAGUCCUUGUAAAACUUGUAUGUGUCAGGUGAGUUUUACCUUUUGUUGUAUAUCUGCAGGGUUGUUCUAUUCUUGACAUAUAUUUAUAUAUUUAUAACAUUUUUAUACUUAAGAAUAAGAUAGUUUUGUAUACUGAUAAUAUAUAGACUUGCUUAAUACUUAAGAACAUUGUAGUUUAAAGUAGGUAGAUUUAUAUACUUAUAAUAUUUUAAUUGAUUGUAAAUUUUCAUUGAAAAGCCCGAUUAAGGUUGCAACUUGCAACUAAAAUACUCAAUCUAUAACUUCUCAAACUGAAGUAUUGUGUAAAACUUUCAACAUAUCUAACUUUCCAUUUGAUCCCCAGGAGUCAAGGACGGAAUGUGAAACGCAAGUGUGCCCCAAGAUGACAUGUGAUAAUCCACAGAUACUACAAGACCACUGCUGUCCUGUUUGUUAGUUAUUUUUCGCAGAAAUUGUCCGACGUUGUCCUGGAAAGAACCGGGGAAAUUUUGUGUAUUUAAUAUGUACCUAUUGUUAGCAGUUCGUAGAAAACAAGAAGCGGGAUGUGGAAUAUCAUGUACAUUGCUUAAGUCAUUUUUCUAGAUUUUAAAAUAGAAGUAUGUAAAAACUACUCGUAGCUUUUUUCUUAUUCGUGAAUGUCAGUAAGCGAUGGUUGUCAACUUUCAUGCUACUCUUGUUCUCGUUUGACCGGGGCAUACAUGAGAAUUGAGAAAACUCUCGUGCAAACUCUCGCUUCUCAACUCUCAUCAACUCAUUCACAGGCCAGGCAUUCACAACAACACAGUGAGAACAUAUCAAUAAUUCAUUGCAUGAAAUUUUAUUUUUGAAAUAUAUAUAUAUAUAUACA